AUGAAUCAAGUGCCGCCAUUCACAAUCUCUCCAGUGCUCAGAGCAGCUGCUGAGCUGCGGAUCGAGGAGUUUGAACGUGUCAAAAGCUCCUUCAUACAGCGCUAUCGCAUCGAUCAGAAAUACAACAGCAGAGCAGAAUUGCUCGAGGCCAUCUCGAAACUUCUCAAAAAAAUUGAGCUAAAUGAUCCGGAAUUGCAGAACGAUGACCACGAUUUCGAUAUCGAAAAUCUCACACGCUUUGUCGAGUUAGCCCGGGAUGAUCUCUCUAUCUCCAAGCAAAAGCUCCUCAAAAUCAUGGAUCAGGUUCGAAACAGCCUUGACAAACGUCUCAAUCGUAUGGAUGUGGCCUCGCUGCACAUCAGCUUGAUGAGAGAAUCCAUGAACAUGACGAACUCCAGUACCCCUCCAGUUGCGGCAAGCAACCACGCGUCAAGCUAUGACGGAUUCGAAUUGGUGGAGAGUGAGCGGGAAGAUGUAAUAGAACAGUACAAAUCUGACGCAUACAUAACAAUUCCAGUAGACACGACUGCUAUCGAAGCCUUUCUUUGCGACAUGUUUGAAGAUCCGGUCGACCGCCAAGCCCUCACAAUACUUCGACGAGACAUGGAAUCAUACGCUGCGGAGCUCAUGGCCGACGGCUUGGAAACCGAUCAAGACAGCCUGAUGUGGACCAUUGUUGAUCUCCUCAAGAACGACCUCGUCGAUCCCAAUAAGAAGAAGGUUCUAGAGGGCUAUCUGCAAUCACCCAUUGCCCUACGGGAGUUGGUGGCCACACUGAACAUGAAGACGUAUCGUCAGUGGAACUUCCGAGGUUCGCAUGAUGGAUUGCCAAUAGCUUCUCGGAUGAAUGAUGAUGGUCAAUACUGCAUGGUAGUCGACGAAGAUCUCAUCGACAUGCUAUUCCUGCACUGCACUGCCAUGGACUGGGCGUCAAAACUCAAAGAGUGCCUCACACGACUUGUCAGCCAUUCGACAUACUUUUCCAGCAAACUGGAGAGCCCUCAAGAGAUUUGCAAGUGGGAGUACUACCUGGGUCGACACAGAAGGAUGAAGGUAAAGUCACGCUACACCACCUGUAAGAUCUGUGAGCCUGCACUGGUGCCCCCGCCACCACCACCAAUGCCUCCAAUGUCGUCGCCUCGCCCUCCAAAUAUUUACGGUAUAUCAGAACUCCGCCCGAGGCCGUAUGAUCAUGCCAUGUUACCGCCACCGCCACCACCGCCACCAGCUGGGAUAACCAUCCUGGAUAUGGAGAGACAGAUGAUAUACAAGGACAAAUUCUUCCUAUCCCAGCUUCCCACACAGGAAGACGGUCUACCGAGACUUCCCUGUCCAAAGACUGUGCAAGCGGAAAUGAUUAAGGUGUUAGCUGCUGAAGCCAGACUACGCCAUGCUUUUGACGGAAGCGUACAUUCACUCCAGCUGCGCAUCUCCAAUCUAGCCUCCUCACUUCCACACCAAACCGUCCUUUGCGUUCUCAAGUUCCUCGGCAUUCCGGAGAAUUUCCUCUUCUUCUUCGAGCGCGUGCUCGCGGUGCCUCUGCGAACAACUUCACGGAUUCCAGGUCAAGCGGAUAAGGCCGUGAAACGGGCGUGUGGAGUGGCGCAAGGCCACAGACUCGGGAUCUUUUUCAGCGAGACAGUGUUAUCGUUUCUUGAUCUCAGCGUACACAGGACGGCCGGCGGUUUUCUGUACCGCACCCAGGAUCAGUUGAACUUCGUGGGGACGUCGAGACAGACACGCCUAGCUGGGGAAACGAUGGAGCGGUUUGGCAGUAUAAUGGGACUCAGUCUCCACCCCUCGCAGGGCUCGCGCGGACUUGCCAUUGGCCUUUUGCGUCUGCAUAACGACACGGGGCUGAUGCAAGUAGACAUGCGCAAAGUGGUUGGCUACGCACACAGGACCAAGAAGAAGCUCGAUGCCUGCACCACCGUCCUCGACUGGAUUCGCACAUGGAACAAUACCAUCGGAACAUACGCAAGCCAUCUGUUCGGGCCUCUAGCCGACGGACUGGGCCACCCGCACCUCGACGCCGUCAAGACUGCGUACAAGCGCCUAUGCAGCAUUCUCUUCGACGGCGGCACCCUGACCACUCGCGUCAAGCACAUGCUACACAGCCAUAUCCCCGCGCAGCCUCGCACCACAGCGACACCCGACCCCGCGGACAUGCUCGAAGCCAUCAUGUACAUGCCCCAAGCCCACGGCGGUCUCGGGCUCAAAAACCCCUUCAUCACACUGCAGCUCGGCGACAAGACAAUGUCGGAUCCCAGGGCAGCAAUCCAAUCCUAUCUCGACAGCGAGUCGGCGUACCACGAAGUCGCGGCCCGCCAAUUCGCGGCUAUGCCGGCCCAGCUGCGCCAGCAGAAACUCGAGGAUGUGUUCAACGAGCAUGAGGAGUGCAUGGCUGCUACUCUGGGAAACGAUGGCCAUGUCUAUGCUUUCCCUACGCUGGCGGAAUUGACGGCUAGACGAGAGAGUGCCGUCUAUCCUCAUCUUUCCUUUGACGGGCCACUUGCUUACCGACAUGCCGCUGUUAAGACGCCAUCGCUCAUCACGCUCUGGCGCAGCUUACUCAACGAGCCUGUGCAUCAUAUUGAGGACGGGGCGAGAGUGAGCGGAUACAUGGCGCAGUGCUGUGACGGCGAGAGGAAGACGUGGCGGCAGCUUAGCGGGGAAGAUCGGUGGGUGCUGCAGAUGUAUAGCGAGGAGUGCUUUGAGAAAUAUGGGACGUUGAAUAUUUGGUGGGCGGAUGGUGUGCCGACUGAGGUGUAUAAGGCGCUUAGGGGGCAGGUGUGGGACCAGGGUGAGGAGGAGGAUAGUGACGAUGCAGUGUCGGAUGGGGGUUGA